UCACUCUCUUUCUGGUUCUGGUUUGUUGAUGCUGCUCUUUCUGGUUUCCUUUAUCACAUGUUGGCCCAAUGUCGGCUCAAUUUUUUUCUAAUUUGUUAUUAAUUAACAAAUCAACAUUUAUCGCCGAAGAUAUCGCUUUUCUGACGAGUUUCUUUUGUUUACAAAAAGACUUACCCCAGGAUAGAAUCAUCAAGCCUUGGGUAUGGAUCUUGAUUUUGUGUAUAGUUAUCUCAUUACUACUUGAUUGGAUAUAUCAUUUGUCUGGUGUUGCUUAUAUUUCAACUGUGAUUUGUUUGCCUUAUAUUUUUAUAAAUUUAUAUAAUCUACUUCGUUUCAAGUAUUGUGAGAUCCGAUUGAAAAGUGCUUUUAACGGACUGUGUGAUUGCCUUAAAGAAACUCACAAAUUGCUGAAAAAAUUGUUGAAUUUGGCGCAGGAAUUACAAGUAAUCGAGAAAAACUGCUCCAUAACUGACAUCAAUAGUUUAAAAGUAGCUAAAUCGACUUUCGACAUAACAGUUAAGCUAUUUAAUGUGCUUAGAGAGGAAACCAAGCAGGCAUUAUCGUUACCAGCAACCAUUGAAGAUGUUAAUCAAGAAAACAAUUAUAUAUCAUGUCUGCCAAGCGAGCUAUUUGAAGAGCUUUUAGAAGAGGAAAAUCCUACCCCUUAUCAACUGAAGAGCCUGAUUCAAUUGAUAAGAAUCCAACAAUCAGAAUUUCUUCGAAGAAUUCUAUGUGCUCACGUUUCUGGAACACUUAAAGAGAAAUGUCAGAUUUUUCAACGCAUUAUCAAUUCAUUACAAUAUUGUAAAAAAGAAAUUUCACCUUUAUAUGCUAAACUUAAAUCCAUCCACGCUUUUCAUCAUUCAUCACAUUAUAAACAAGACCAAAUACCUCCUGCAUCACCAUUAAACCAUACCGCAUUGGACCAUAGUUAUUCCAUAAGACAGAUUCGCCUUCAUCUACGAACCGCUUUGGCCAUAUUGGAAAAUAUUGAAGAUUUCAAUAAAAAACGUGACAUUACCGAAGAUCUUUCGAGAAUAGAGAAAGAGCUUGUUUCUGGAAUUGAAAAUGUUAAAUUGAUUUCCAGAAAAUUUUUCAAGAAAGACAAUUCGGAAUUUACUGAGCCAAUCGAUUCUCUUCAAGAAAAACGGGAAAAAGAAGAAACUCGAACUAUUAUUAUCGGAGAGAAUUACCAGCCCAAAAUAGAGGACCAAGUUUUUGAAUUGUUCAUAGAUGAUGAUGAUUGUUUAGACUUUCAAUAUGAAGAUGAUAUUGAGGACUCAACAAUAAUCCAAGAUGAUUUUGCAGCAAUAUCUUCCAAUUUAUUCCAAGAACUAAAGACUGCUCUGAUUCCCAAAGCUAAAGAAAUACAAGAAAGGGAAGCCAAAGCCUUAGGAGUGCCCAAAGAAAGCGUGCCUAUGCAGCUGAAUUUUGAAAAUGUCGAUCCAAAGCCCAAAAAUAACAAUUCCGAAAUACCUUUAUCAUUAAGACAGGAGAAUCGAUUUGCCGAUUUACUCUUAAAUAACAGUAGCCUGACAACUAAUUUAGCUGCACGAGCAGCACAAAUUAGUAAAGAUUUGAAUCUCAACAGCCUUGAAGAAUGUUUCGGUGAUACUGAUGAAGAUAGUUGUGACGAUGGUCAAAUCGAUUGAAGCUUAAUUUUCUACAUUAAAAUGAUAAUUCCAACUGUGAUAAAACUAAAAGAGCCAAAAAGCUUCACGAAAUGUCUCAAAACAAAUUGUGAUUUUUGUUAAAACAAACUUUUUUAUUAAAUCUUUACCGAUUUUACAAGCUUUA